AUGGUGAACAGAACGUUCUCAUGCUUUUCUCUCACUCUGCACAGGUCGGCCCUUGCUCGUUGGCUCGGUAAUUCCACAAAGGCAUCUGAUCUCUAUGCAUCCAACUUCACAUCACACAUCGGGGGCCACAACGGCCUCCGGAAGUCGUAUCGCUGGGGGCUUUAUUCCUUUUGCGGGUUUCUGGAACACAAUCGGGGAUCAUGCUCGUCAACGCAAGCUGCACAUAAGUUCCAGCCGUUCCAAGCAACGAUGUCAGACAUUCCGGCCCAGUACCAAACAGAUACAACGGAGAUUUUUGCCAACUUUACGGGCUUCCAAAGUUUCCGAGACUCGAGAGCUUUAGGUAGCUUCACCGAAGGUGCCUAUGUCAUGAUCAUUCUGGGUACGACGUGUACAGGACUCUCCUUAGAGCUGCGGUUUGGCAAGAAUCACCUGGCCUUUCUUAUGAACGCGCUGUUAUCGGUGUUUAGCAGCGUGUUCCUCCUGAUAGGCGCUGCCAUAUGGACCUCUAUGAUUCAUAAUACCGCCAAGAUCAACUCGUCAACAUUUCUUGCCCGCGAUGGGACAUCUCAGUCCUUUGGCAUCCAUGUAUCUCGCGGCCCUGGCCUUGGACUUCUGUGGGGCGCAUUCGGGGCUUCCGUGCUCACAAUACUCCCUCGUCUAGUUAUGUGCUGCACAUAUCGGGGCUGA